GGAUUUAUGACGUAAGCUGUUGGAGCUCUAAUGAGGGGUUAACAUCGUUGACAACUACCUGAGUAAAAAACGACACAUUUGUAAUGAUAAAUUCAUAUUAAAGAAAUCUAUUUUCUUGCUUCCGAGUAGCCAUUCUAUUAACAAGCCUCGUAUAUUACCUUAAGUACUCAAAAUGCCAAUGAAACUAGAAGGAAGCUGCCAAUGCGGCCUUGUGGAAUUCUCUCUCCAAUCUCAGACUCCCGUUCCAUACCAAGUCUGCGCUUGUUCCAUCUGUCGCAAAUGUGGGGGUUAUGGUGGAUGCGUUAAUCUAGGCGGCAUAGCCUCUACCCUCGAGAUUACCAAGGGCAAAGAACACGUGAAAAAAUACACUGCAACCGCUGACCGCGGCAAACCCACCGCCAAAAAAUGCACAUCCGAACGUAAUUUCUGUAGCGAGUGUGCAUCGAUGCUCUGGCUCUGGGACAAAACAUGGCCGGAACUAAUUCAUCCUUUUGCAAGCGCAAUUGAUACGGAACUGCCGGUUGCGGAAGAAAUGGUUUGUGUGAAAGGGGAUAGUAAGCCGGAAUAUGUUAGGUGGCCGGAGGGAAAGAAGAAGGUUUAUGAAGGGUAUGGGGAGUUUAGUAUUGAGGAGUGGCACAAGGAGAAGGGAGUAUGGGUUGAGUGAAGAGAUGAUAGGAUUGUAGUAUUUGAGUAUCUGAAAGCAUUUGAUCUGCGACGAUAAUGAUUUUUACGCUUGCCUGAUGUAUUGUGGACGUUACCUUUAUUUUAUGAUUAUCUUACAAUACCGUCUUUCCUUCAGGCUUUCAAACAGGGAAAUCCAAGUUUGCACCUUGCGAUAUUGACCACAAGGCUUUAGAAUACAGGAAGGCGCUCUCUAUAGCA